AUGUCAACUACAGAAAAACGCUGCAAAAUAUGCAGAAGGACCCUGGUUAAGUUGUCUAAUUCACAAUAUGCACCAUGUCCCGUUUGUGGGACUGUUAGCCUUUUUUACAGAAAGCUCAAGGUACCCGUUCUCAAACGAAUUGAACAAAUUACCAAUGUAGUAGACGAUCUUCAACGAAACCCCACUCAGACAUUGUCGAGGUUACCACGUUUUUCUCAAAUCAGUAUCAAACAACAAACACAAACACCUCUGGCGCAAAAAAGGAAGAAGGCUGUUCUAUGUGGUGUGACCUACAAAGGCCAUAGCAAGAAACUUGAAGCCAGUGUUCAUAAUGUAAGGAGCAUGCAACAACUACUUGUGAACAAACUGGGUUUUCUGAAUGAUUCAAUCCUCGUCCUUACAGAAGAGGAAUCCGAUCGCUCUAGGAUUCCAAAAAAACGUAACAUACAAGAGGCAUUACGCUGGCUGGUUGAAGGUUGUAAAUCUGGGGACUCGUUGAUAUUCUACUAUUCAGGGCAUGCAUGCAAAGUUCCUGAUGAAGAUGGAGAUGAGAUUGAUGGGUAUGAUGAAGCGUUGUGCCCUCUUGACUAUAGAGUGGCGGGAGUGAUACUUGAUGACGAAAUCAAUGCCACCAUUGUAGCACCACUGCCUCAUGGAGUAACACUUCAUAGUGUUAUUGACACUUGCUUUAGUGGAACUGUGCUAGAUCUACCCUUUCUUUGCCAGAUCAACCAGGAUGGACUAUAUAUGUGGGAAGAACACCAACUUAUAAAUAAAGGGACUCGUGGAGGCAAAGCACUGUGUAUUAGUGCCUGUGCAGAUAACCAGAACUCAGCGGAUACAUCGGCUUUCACAGGCAAUGCUAUAGGUGCAUUAACUUUUAGCUUCAUCCAAGUUAUUGAAACCGAAAGCAAAUUGACAUAUGGAAGGUUACUUAGCUCAAUACGGAAAAAAGUCCAUUACGCUCAACAAAUGGUUGGGCGGUUUGUACCAUUUGCAUCUUCUAUGUCUCAGCGUGUAGGUGUGUGGCAUUACUCUAGGCGGUUGAAAUGA